AAACGACACAAUUCCGCGCUCCACGCCGCGCGCGAUCGCUCUCCUUCCGGAAAGUAGGCGGCACGUCGCACCGCCCCUUUAGUCUAACUGCGCCCUCACCGCGUCUCAACGCUCAUGAGCUCAUAAGCAGCUGGUGCGGUCCACGUCGAUCAAGACGCGACGGAACGGAAAACGGCACUCUUGGCGCUUUACUUCAACGGCGUUAUAAGCACGUUUCUUCUGUAGCGAAAGACAGCGCUUCGCUCGGCGUCCCUCGUUGCCCUUUCUAGAUACCCUUCCGCUGUUGCCAGCGCGCUCUCCCAUUCCGACGCUUCCGCUUGCUUGCUUCGCUUCACCUCACCUGCUGGAGCAGGAGUACAUAAUGCCCGAAAAGCCCACCAGCACCCGCACCCCAUGGUCUCUGCGCCGCAGGCUCCUCCUCGGCGCCGUCCUCGCCGUCCUCAUCCUCGGCCUCGCCUUGGGACUAGGCUUGGGCCUGACGGUUGGAAAGGACAAUGGCGGCGGCAACGAAGGAGGCUCAGAACCAACCUCUUCAGGCACGCCCCUGCCCACACCCACGGGGACGCUGGCAUGGACGCCCAAGGUAAACGACACCUGGCAGAUCGUGCUGCAGAACAACAUCAUCCUGGAGGAGAAUGCGACGCGAGUAACGCCGGACGUAGCCAUCUACGACAUUGAUUUGUUUGACACGCCGAGGGAGACGAUCGACACGCUGCACCGGCUGGGCAAAAAGGUGAUUUGUUAUUUCAGCGGGGGAAGCUACGAGCCGGGACGCCCGGAUUCCGGGGAGUUUGAAGAGGCGGAUUUAGGGAAGGAGCUAGAUGGAUGGCCGGGGGAGAAGUGGUUGAAGCUGAGUAGUGAGAAUGUACGGAGGAUUAUGAAAGGGAGGGUGGAACUGGCGAGCGAGAAGGGGUGUGAUGGCGUGGAUCCGGAUAACGUUGAUGGAUAUCAAAACGACAACGGCCUCGACCUUACAGCCGCCGACUCCGUCUCCUUCUUGUCCUACCUCUCAUCCCUCACAGUCCCGUCCAAUCUCACCAUGGGCCUCAAAAACGCCGGCGAUAUCAUUCCGCAAGUGCUCCCCAUCAUGCACUGGUCCGUCAACGAGCAGUGCGUCGAGUACGGCGAGUGCACAACUUUCCACGCCUUCGUCGACGCCGGAAAGCCCGUCUUCCACAUCGAGUAUCCGGACGGCGCGGGCAAUGGGGAGCUGAAAGCGGACGAGGUGGAGAAGUAUUGCGGACACAAGGGCGAUGGGACAGGGAGUGAUGGGUUUAGCACCGUGCUGAAGACGAUGGAUCUGGAUGGAUGGGUUGAGUAUUGCGAUCAGCGGGUGGAGACUACGGCGGUUAAUCAGACGAGUUCGAGUUAGUGGAGGGAGCAAAAGUUCGGAAGAAAACGAGUACGCAAAAUGCGCAAAAUACGUCCAACGGCCUUUGC